CUUGGCAUCCUCGAGGAAGCGGAUGUUGAACCUCGAUAAGAAAUCUUCUCAUACCAUGAGAGCCUGCCUGAUAAUUAAAUUAGCACGUAUUCAUGGAUAUUGACAUUUCCUCAACGUUUCUCACAGACAAGUUAAUUUUUUUAAACAGUGUAAAGCGAUGGGGUAUUUCAAUUAUGGAAGAAUGGAAGGUUUUCCAUCGCAGUAUCCUGGAAAAAAAUCCCCUGUAACUAUCGAUGUCCUUGAAGCCGGUCUGAUUCUGGCAUUUGUCAUCGUUGCCACCGCCUUUUUGAUUAUCAUUUUAGGCUUCAGCCUCAAGAGGAGCAUCAAUGCCUUCUUCAAAGUUUUUGCCAGUCUUACAAUCGGAUGUUGUUUAAUGCUCGGAAAUUUCGGGCAAGAAUGGGAAGUGGGUAGUGUGGCAACCAGAACUCCUUAUCGCGCUGGCAGUCCGCAUCAAAUAAACGCGAGCAUCGGCAUAAAGUUGGGCUUGCGUUCAAUAAAUAUCACAUUGGAUGGAUACACUGAAACAGGCUCUCCUCUUGAAAACGAGACAAUCAAUUACAACGAAAGAUUCUCAUGGACGUGGGAUCAGGGACGGCUUGGAUUUGGCCCAUACGCUGGUUUGCUGCAACGAACUUUCCGGGAGGCUCAAAGAAAGGGUGUGCCUAUUCCAAUUCUUUCUAUCAUUGAGUACUUAGUCGUUGAUGGGGAAGGUCUGCGAUAUGGCAGAUUUUAUCGGACAGCUGGGUGGUACACGCAUAUUCUAAUGUGUUUUCUGCCACCUGUUGCUCUCAAUAGGACCGCCUUUACUACCUGGCUUUUAGCAAACGCAUUUUUGAUCAGCGUUGGACGCUAUGCAGCAUAUUUUCUUGGUCUGACUGGCCUUUUGCAGAUCUUGGCCUGCAUCGUCUGGGUUAUUGUUCGUAAUCCCUAUCCACUCAGUAUCCCCUUUGAAAAUGGCACAAUAACUCCAAGUUACGGGUCCCAUUUCUGGAUAGUAUUCGUUUGUGGCGUCACAUGCGUGUUACUUGCCAUGAUAAUUGUCAUAAUGGACCUCAGAUUUCCUGACGAAUUAUCCAGUUUUCUCGGGUUGGAUCCCAUCUCCGACUACGACGAGUAUGUGCUCAAACAGAGUCAAAUUGAAGUUUUGAGGAGAAAGAAUGGAAUGCGGUCCAAUUUAAUGGAGAUGCGGUCACUUGGUGAGGAGGUUGAUCAAUCUUGGGUUCAAUCGCUGCACAAGGAUCCCACCAUGACAGUUUUAAAGAGACGCUCCUCCGCUACCAAGGCACAGAAAGCUUUGUUUAGAUUGCCGUUACCGGUUACCCCCGCAAUUGAUGAAUCGGCAGAUGACGAUUCCCCAAUUUACGAGAAUCGCUACAUCGCACAGCCAAGUGGGUCGGACAUAAUGCAAAAAUCAACAGUAAGUCACAGUCGGGAGAAACUUUGUCCACCGCUGCCGAAAAAAACCAAGAACCUACAGAACAGAAGAAAUUGACUAGCGAACUAUUUGGUGGGUCAACUUCCAUUAUUUUCACAUGUAUAUGAUACUAACAUUCUUCUAAAAUAAACUUGAAACUCACAA